UCGACUAAGGGACGUCAGCGCAAUCUUCUUAAUAUUCAUACUCCAACACUUCCACAUAGGAAGAUUGCUGAGAAACGUCAUCCCUAGCUAAUGAAUAUUCAUAAACAAGCCUUUGCCAUAGUAGAAUUUGUAAUUUGGCCAUCAAGAGUAAGAGCUCAGUUCAUCUUUAAAACGGAGCGUGGGAGGGAGAACGGCAGAGAGCAGCAGCCAGGAGGCCAAAAUGUUCAGCAAACGAGAAGGUAUAAUUUGGAUGGUUUGAUGCGGAAAGAAACCAAAGUAAUCCGUGGGAGUGGAUCUGAUGGCCUCGGUGGAGUUACACUACAUAGAUAAUAGAGGGGGAAGAUCUGAUCCUCCCGGCAUACUGGAUUGGUCUUCUAGCCCUCUUCAUGUUUGCAGGCUAAACAGUUCGGUGGAAGAAGCUUCUCCCACUCUGAAGGCGCCUGCCUGUGAGGGACAGUGUAAUUCAGCACCAAGGACGGUUCCCGUCAAAGGACAACGUGGCCAGCACCGGCAUCAGCCUACAGAGAAGGUCAGGGUGUGUUGUGACAAAGAGCUGGAGACCUCGUUCACUUACAUUGAUGAAAACGUCAAUCUCCGGUUGGCCACCCCGGACACAAGUGAGAAAAGCUCCCGCCAUGUAGCUUCACUCCGCGACUCCUCGAGCGAAAUCCAUCCCGAGGGGCUCCAGGAGUUGUCGCUGAUGUCCGACAUCGACCUCAGCUCAGAGAGUUCAGGGAAAUCCGUGGAUUACGGAUUCAUCAGCGCAGUCACAUUCCUGAUCACCGGGAUCUCGCUGGUGAUCAUAUCGUACACGGUCCCUCAUGACGUCAGAGUGAACCCUGACAACGUCUCUGCACGUGAAAUGGAAAGACUGGAGAACGAGAGCGCCAGGAUAGGUGCGCACCUUGACAGGUGCGUUAUUGCCGGCCUUUGCCUUCUCACCCUGGGCGGAGUGGUGCUGUCCACUCUGCUAAUGAUUUCAAUGUGGAAAGGUGAAAUGUACAGAAGGAAAGCCUUUGCUUAUUCGAAGCACUCCACAAAGCUCUAUGGUUCGAUUAAUUUAAGAACAAGGUCGAGUCCCAGUCGCUCAUCGCCACCACAUAGUUUGGUCGAGGAGGAGAAUGGCGAUGCUAUUAGUUGACUUUUUUCUUCAUUUUCUUUAUUGGACUGCCAAUGUAAUGUUGACCUUUCCAGCAUGGCCAAAAGAGCUUGUUUUUCAACCUUGUGUCAGUGACAAUUGCUUACUGAUGCAGAAAAACAUAAUAUCACAUAACAGAUUUCUCAGGCUUCAGAAAGACACAGCAUGAUAUCAUUUGUAUUAAUCAUGAAGCAAGUACAUUUUUGAAUAAACAGAGGUUCGAACUUCAGGUUUCGUGGCAGGAUGUUAAAUGAGGUUUCUGAUAGUAUUAAAACCCUUAAUUUCCAAGCUGAAAAUAAGAGAUUCUAAAAGAAAUGAGUCCUGUUGUACAGCACCCUGCUGCUAAUAUUGACAAUCCUACUGCCUCUUUCUUACUCUUUCAGAAUAC